AUGCCACCGCCCCUCUGCCUGCUGCUGCUGCUGCUCCCGCUCCCGCUCCCCGCGGCCUCCGAGGCCCUGCCUCCGGAGGGCGGCCUUGCCGGCCACCACAGCGACAGUGGGCCUCCGCAGGAGGUGGCAGACAUGAAGAGCGGCCUGCUGACUUUCCUCGCAUGGUGGUCCGCGGGGACCGCCCAGGCCAGAGCCGCUCCCUUCCUGGGCGGGGCGGCCGGGGCGGUGUCCUGGCGGCAGGAGGGCCCGCCCCCGCGGCAGGCCCCGCGCCCGGAGCCGGUGCCCUGCAGGAACUUCUUCUGGAAGACCUUCUCCUCCUGCAAGUAA